AUGUUUAGUCGCGUACCUUUAGCUGAUGAUUUUAACCAUCUCGCGCUUUGUGCUCGUGCAACUUUAUCUCACCAGGCUGAAAAAAAGAUUCACUCAAUUCUGAAUUGUGGACAACUUUCAUUCAGGAGUAAUUUAGGUAACUCUAAGGAUGAAAUUAUGCAUAUACAGCAGAUUGUUACCAGUAAUAAUGGCAACAUUAAUCCUAGUAUAAUACCUACUAAUAGUGGAAAUAAUACCAUUACUGCUACUACUACUACUACUUCCAACAAUAAUGUCCAAUCAAAUCGAUGUGUAACUGUACGUCAUUCAACUAAUUCUAAUGAACGUGUAAAACGUCAUCAUUGUACAGAUUGUUCAAAAUCAUUUCAUCGUGCCAGUGAUCUAGUUAAACAUCGUCGUACUCAUACAGGUGAAAAACCAUUUGCUUGUAUGCAAUGUGGUCGAGCGUUUGCCGAUUCAAGUAGUUUAUCUGCGCAUAAACGAAUACACACUGGAGAACGUCCAUAUCAUUGUUGUGAUUGUGGCAAAAGUUUUUCCGUAUCAAGUAGUCUGGUAAAACAUAGACGAAUACAUACCGGUGAAAGACCGUAUCGUUGUGAAUUUUGCGGCAGAUCAUUUUCCGAUAACAGUAGUUAUAGCGCACAUAAAAAACGUAGUCAGCGGUGUACACCUAUUACCAGUAAUAAUAACAACAAUACAUUUAGUCUUGUUGGUAAUGUAGGAGAUUGUGAAAAAACAAAGUGUGAGGGUUGUGCUUUUCUCGAUCCACAUACACAAGCAGUUAUACAUCCUGCAGCGGCGGCAGCUGCUGCCGCUGUAUCUGUUGAACACUUUUUAACGAAUUCAAAUAUUGGUGUGUCUAAAAUAAAUGGUGGUGAAUUUUGUCCAACUUCUUUAAAUUUAACAUUUCCUAAUCCACCAAAUACAAAUACUAUGCCAGCUACAGCAUUAACAUGA